AUGCGUUCAUCCAGUUUCAUUAAUCUUGGAUGCCUUCUGUCAUUUCUCGGCGAAUCACUUUCUCGGCCGCAAUACGCCCCUGAUUUCAAGUCGGAAGAGAACUUCCACUCUUUGGUUGCCCACAAACCUCUUUCCACGGGCCCCACGGGAGCUGAAGUAGGAGGCUCAAAUGCUGAACUAUCGCCUCCUCCUCCACCUCCUUCCGACCCGACGACCCCAGGCAAAGAAACUAAACCUGUAAUGGAAACACCGGGUCCUCCAGUCCCAAAGCCUGAACCACAGAUAGGCACAGGCAAGGAAGACGCUCCCCCUAGCCCUCCAAACAAGGAUGCCAAACCGGAACCAAACAAGGAUAGCAAACUGGAUGGUCCACCAGUUCCCCCAGGACAACCAGAUGAGUUAACGCCUCCUCCGGGGCCCACAAACCCAAAUACACCAGGAAAGAAUGGCGGUCCAGCAGGUGAAGCCACAGGAAAGAAUUCUGCUGCAUCCGAAGACACUCAACCUAAACCGAAGGGGAAAAAAUCCCCACCCCCACCAUUGGUUGAGGCAAAACCACCAUCCCCAAAGGAUGAUCCAGCCAGCAAAAAACCCGACCCUAAGAAUCCUGUAGUAAAACCUCCAAGCGGUGAAAAAAAGAAAGGGAAAGAGGAUGAUUGGUCAGCAGCGUCCAGGCUUACUGACUCAUCCAAUUCAGCAUUAUCCGCCACUCUCUUUGGGAUUCUAGCCAGCCUGGCUGCUAUUAUUGCUUAAUUGUAUUUUAUCAACGUAUUACUAAUAGCUUAUGAAUCAACACUGGGUUAAUUUGAAAGAUGUGUCUUUUUUUCUUACCGCAUUUUUGUUUCCAUAAAAUUUAUAUUGAAAAACCAUGUAAUACUAAGAAAUAAGAAAACUCG